AUGGCACCUUUCGAAGCUCUCUAUGGUCGCAAAUGCAGAACACCUCUAAACUGGUCUGAAACCGGUGAAAGGCAAAUCUUUGGCCCCGAUGUCAUCAACGAUGCUGAAGAAAAGGUGCGAAUCAUUCGUGACAAUCUGAAGAUAGCACAAUCUCGGCAGAAAAGCUAUUAUGAUAGCAAGCACCGUGAUAUGAUAUAUCAUCCUGGUGAUCAAGCCUACCUUCGUGUUACUCCUAUGAGGGGUACUCAUCGCUUUGGUAUCAAAGGCAAGCUGGCGCCAAGAUACAUUGGUCCCUUCAAAGUUCUAGCAAAGCGUGGUGAAGUCGCUUACCUCCUUGAACUUCCUGAGAAGCUCUCAAAAGUGCACGAUGUCUUCCACGUGUCACAGCUCAAGAAGUGCUUCAAAGAUCCGGGCCGUGCAGUUGAUCACAAGUCCAUUGACCUCCAAGAAGACCUCUCCUACAAAGAGCAUCCCGUUCGGAUUCUUGAUGAAGCUGAACGUCGAACUCGCAACAACUCUGUCAAGUUCCUCAAGGUGCAGUGGUCGCACCAUUCCGAUAAAGAAGCAACCUGGGAACGGGCGCGUCCACAUCGCCUCCUCUUCGACCUGCACCUCUUCCCGGAGCUCCAAGAACGCCAAGGCAGACGCAACCCGAGCCCCUCUAUCGUCUACCUCCCAGGCCACCCCUUCGUCCUCGUCGCCGGCACCUCCCCCGCCGCAUCCUCCUCUUCAACGGCGACCCCCAGGGUGAGCAGCCACCUUUCCUUCAUCCCCUGCACGUGCUCUUGCAUCUCUGGUUCUAGUUGA